AUGGCUAUGCAAACUGUGAGAGAAAACCAUCUCUCUGCUCCACAGAUUUCUUGGUGGAAUGCUUUUGGAUAUCAGCAGUUGGCUCCGGAGAGUCUCUCUGGCGACUCUGACUCGUUCGUCGGAGUUAAGGCCGGAUCUGCCGAAGAGACAGAACAAGGUGAUGCAAAGAGUUCAAGAGUUGUGCCAAAGCCUCACGGAGCUGUUUUCUCAUUGCAGUCAUCACCUUGCUUGGAACUUGGAUUCACUCAGCCACCGGUCUACACAAAGUAUCCCUGUGUGGAACAACAGUACUAUGGAGUUGUUUCAGCUUAUGGAUCUCAGAGCAGAGUCAUGCUUCCUCUAAACAUGGAAACAGAGGACGGAACAAUUUACGUGAACUCAAAGCAAUACCAUGGAAUCAUAAGGCGACGCCAGUCUCGUGCAAAGGCUGCUGCUGUUCUUGAUCAGAACAGAUUGAGAAGUAGAUGCCGCAAGCCAUAUAUGCAUCACUCGCGCCAUCUCCAUGCAUUGCGCCGUCCUAGAGGAUCCGGUGGGAGAUUCUUGAACACUAAAAGCCAGAACAUGGAAAGCAAUGCUAAGAAAGCUGAUGGAGCUAAGCAGAUUCAGUCUCAGCCACAGCAGAGUAACUCUCAGAAUUCUGAAGUUGUUCAUCCUGAAAGCGGGAACAUGAACUUAUCGACCGGAGUAAAUGUGUCCGGAUCGGAAGUUACUAGCAUGAACUACUUUCUAAGUUCUCCAUCAGUCCAUCCUCUUGGUGGCAUGGUAAUGCCUAGCAAGUGGAUUGCAGCAGCAACAAUGGAUAAUGGUUGCUGCAAUUUCAAAACCUGA